UUAUCUAAUCUAGUGGAUUUCCAGAGUUUUCUAACUUGAAUUCGUUCGAGGUUUAGUGUUUGCUAAUCCUAAAGUUGUCCGACUGCGUCAGAAGCAGAGUAAAAACAAAGACUCAAAGAAAAAAAAUGGAAGCGAAAGUCAUUUCUUGCACCACUUUUGGAAACGACAAGGUCGUAAAGAUUGUUGUUUGGAGGCAUCGUUCAGUCGCCAACUACAAACCUGAAGAAAACGAAACUACCGUUGUUGUUGCCGAUGAUACUUGCUCCGAGAAAGAUGUUGAAGAGAUUGAGAAGACUUGUGAGAAGCUCGAUUAUGUUUACGAAGGAAGACUUCACGUAGAUUACGAUCAGACCAACAUUGGACCUGGUUUGGUCUGAAACUUAAAGAGUUAAUAGGUUAACUCUCUAUGUUUUACUUCACUUAGGUUUAAGUACUUUAAUUUCUUUUAUGCAUUUUGAUUUCUAUGUAAUGUUAUCUGUUGGUGGUUUGCAGCUACGAAUGAAUUUAUAUUACA